AUGUGCACCGUAGUACAAAUCAAUCUUCAAAAUACCGAUUUACAAACAGGAUACUUACCCCUACUCGAUACGCCAGAAAAUAUUUUUAUUGGAAAUUGUGUAGUGACAAAUAGAGAAGGUAAAUGUUACGUGCUUGCAGUUAACGCGUACGAAGAUGACAUACAGUUAGAAAUUCCCGCUCAAGAACUCGUCCCAUUUGAGUGUGAAGGAAGCUCUGAAGACUUUUUCGAUCCAGAAUCUGAUAACGACAUUGGCGAAGAUCCAAGAGACAGAUUCCAAUUUAUUGGCGAGAAAAGAUUAUUAAAAGAUCAAGAAGGAAGCAUUUACAAAAUAUAG